AACAAGUAAUGUAACGUCACUUAUAAGCACACAAUACUGUUGUAAACAUAUGUAAAUGUUAUCAUAACAAACAGCUAAGCAAUUAAACGCCGGCUAAAUAGUAAUUGUACUGCCAUUAUAACAAUCAUACAGUAAAGUGACCCAUAGGUCAACACCACUGACCAAUGAAGGCCCUGAUACUAGUGGGCGGGUACGGCACCCGACUCAGGCCACUGACACUAUCGCAACCCAAACCACUCGUCGACUUCUGCAACAAACCGAUGAUUUGUCACCAAAUCGAGGCACUCGUACAGGCCAAUGUGAAGCACAUAAUACUGGCCGUCAGCUAUCGGGCGGAGCUCUUGGAGAAGGAGAUCAAAGUUAAGGAGCGGGAGUUGGGAAUCACGAUCACGAUAUCGCACGAAGAGCAGCCGUUGGGAACCGCCGGCCCGCUAGCGCUGGCCAGGGAUCUGCUGACCGCCGACUCGGAGCCAUUCUUCGUGCUAAACAGUGAUAUUAUCUGUGAUUUUCCGUUCAAACAAAUGCUGGACUUUCAUAGAGGCCACGGCCGACAGGGAACUAUUGUGGUGACUCGCGUGGAGGAGCCGUCCAAAUACGGUGUCGUUGUCUACGACGAGAAGAGCGGCCAAAUUGACCGCUUCGUGGAGAAGCCGUCGGAGUUUGUGUCCAAUAAGAUCAGCGCCGGAAUGUAUUUGUUUGAGACAUCGGUUCUGGACAGGAUUGAGCUGCGGCCGACAUCGAUUGAGACGGAAGUGUUCCCGCGAAUGGCCACCGAUGGCCACCUGUACGCGUACAACUUGUCGGGCUUCUGGAUGGACGUCGGGCAGCCCAAGGACUUCCUCACCGGUAUG